UACGAGUUGAAUGCAAUCACACAUGAUUAUAUAUAAUCUGCGCCGACCCUACCGCUGUCUUACCCCGCCCUCGCCAUAAUCCAUAUAAUCCCACUCACCACAUCCCUUCUAUCCCCUCAUAUCACUCAUGAAACUCUACCCAUCUGGCAUCGCACUCGUCACCGGCGCCGGCCAAGGCAUCAGCAAAGCCGCCGCACUCUCCUUUGCCGAAUCCGGCAUAUAUGGCCUCGUCCUCGCAGGGUGCACACCCGCUCCUCUGCACGCCACUGCGCUUGAAUGCAAAGCCAUAGCCGAGAACACGGAUCUCGACAUCCUCGUCGUCCCUACCGAUAUAAGCAUCGAAGAGUCCAUCAAGAACCUUAUGAAGACCGCUACGAUGGGAACCAAGGCGAAAUUCUCCUCCAUACCAACCGAAGACUGGGUCGCCAUCCAGCAAACGAACAUCAACGGUAUCUUCUGGCAGGUGCGGGAGCAAAUCAGCGUCAUGGAGAAACAAGAACGGCUCAUCACGCCGAUUGUGUCUCCCAAGCGCCCUGCUGAGCGUGGGAGCAUCAUCGUGCUCAGCGCCGCAGCAGCAGUGAUCGCCCUACCCCACAGAGGCACCUACACUCACACCAAAUACACAGCAAAUGGGUUGACGAAAGCUGUGGCCCAAGACCACACCUCGAAUGGCAUCCACAUCAACGCCAUCCUCCCAGGCUACAUCUACACCAAGGGUCUCGCUUCGCACCCUGCCGCCAUGCCCGAAGCUGCGAAGCGCAUCAUCGAUGGGUGCCCUCUUGGCCGGUUUGGAGAGGCGGGGGAAAUUGGCGACCUCAUUGUUAUGAUGAGCUCGCCGAGGAAUGGGUUCAUGGUUGGGAGCAGCGUUUUGGUCGAUGGAGGCCAGACGUUGAGUGGGGAGUAA